AUGUUCUACUCGGGGGUCCUGACAGAGCCGAGCAGGAAAGAAGCGGAGAUUCGGGAAGCGGCGUCUCUCCGCCAGCAGAGGCGGAUGAAGCAGACAGUCCAGUUUAUCCACAAGGAUUCUGCAGAUCUCCUCCCGCUGGACGGGCUGAAGAAGCUGGGGACUUCAAAAGAUACCCAACCACAUAACGUCCUGCAGAAGCGCCUGAUGGAGACAAAUUUAUCAAAAUUACGAAGCAGCCGAGGCAGCUGGGCUCCGAAGAGUGAUGUCUCAGCACAGACCAACAAGCUGAACCAAACCAAACUGGGCAGCUCAGGGAAAAUGGACGAUGAGGAGCUCAUAGUGGUGAGCUGCCAGUGUGCAGGGAAGGAGCUGAAGGCCGUGGUGGACACCGGCUCACAGUACAACCUCAUGUCGUCUGCCUGCCUGGACAGGCUUGGGUUGAAGGAGCAGCUCCAAGCACUGCCCGGUGAAGAGGAGCUGGUGUCGCUGCCGCGCGGGGCGAGGCCGGUUGGCCGGGUGGAGUGCCUGCCCCUCGCCGUGGGAGCGCUGCCCGUGCCCUGUGCUGCCCUCGUCCUGGAAGACCAUGAGAAACCCUUCUCCAUUGGCCUGCAGACACUGAAAUCUCUGAAGUGCAUCAUAAACAUGGAGAAGAGCCAUCUCGUUCUGGGGAAGACGGACCGGGCAGAAGUCCCGUUUGUGAGCGGUGGUGGCACCGUGGAGGGAGAGCA